AUGCUGUGGGAACGAGCUACUGCGACCGUCGCCGGACUUUUUUCUUCAGUCAAGGGUCUUACCGUGACACAGCCCAAAUUAUCUGCACGUGUAGCAGGAACAAUUGACAACUAUCUUACAUUCCAAAGCCCGAUCGCUUUCCAGAGUAUCUUGAAUAACAUCGGUCCCGAUGGCUCGAAGGCUCCUAAUGCAGAUGCCGGAGUUGUUAUUGCUAGCCCAAGCACAGUUGAUCCUGAUUACUUUUACACAUGGACUCGUGACUCGGCUUUGACUUUCAAAUAUCUAAUCGAUACUGGUAAUUCCAGUUUGCAAACUCUUAUUGAAGAUUAUGUUAUUGCUCAAGCAAAGCUUCAAACAGUCGACAAUCUUUCAGGAAAUUUUGAGACGGGGGCAGGUUUGGCAGAACCAAAAUAUUACACCAAUGAGACUGCCUUCUUGGGAGACUGGGGACGUCCUCAACGUGAUGGACCUGCCUUACGUGCGACUGCCCUAAUGACCUUUGGAAAUGAUCGUCUCGCUUUGGGACAAAAUGCCACUGUCAAGGAUAUCAUCUGGCCCAUCGUCCAGAACGACUUAGCCUAUGUUGCCCAGUACUGGAACUUAUCCGGCUUUGAUCUUUGGGAAGAGAUUAAUGGAUCGUCUUUUUUCACUACUGCAGUUCAACAUCGAGCAUUGGUGGAAGGAGCAAAAUUUGCCACUGCUCUUGGAGAAUCAUGUCCAAACUGCGAGGCACAAGCCUCUGAGAUUCUGUGCAUGCUACAAAAUUAUUGGAAUGGUGGCAGCAUUGAUUCAAACAUCCAGGUACAAUCUACCGCCUAUGAUCGUUCCGGAUUGGACUGCAAUUCCAUUUUGACUUCAAUACACACCUUUGAUCCGGACCCAGCGGUGGGGUGUAACUCGAAAACUUUCCAGCCUUGCUCCGACCGCGCUCUCGCGAAUCACAAAGUACUAGUCGAUUCCUUCCGUUCUAUCUAUACCAUCAACUCCAAUGCCUCAACAGGCCAAGCUGCAGCCAUUGGUCGUUAUGCAGAGGACGUCUAUCAAGGAGGAAAUCCCUGGUAUAUCUGCACAUACGCAGCAGCAGAACAACUCUACGAUGCUCUGUGGACAUACGAUAGCAUCAAAAGCAUCACCGUAACCGACAUCAGUCAGCCCUUCUUCACAGACCUAGUUCCAGGAGUAGAGAAAGGUACAUUCGCAAGUGAUUCGACCCAAUACACGGAUAUCGUCAAGGCCAUGCAAGAUUAUGCAGAUGGCUUUGUGGCGAUCGCCGAAAAAUAUACCCCGCAAGAUGGAGCCCUAGCAGAGCAAUUCUCCCGUGAAAAUGGCACAGCACUUAGUGCAGUAGAUCUUACGUGGUCGUAUGCGUCUUUCCUCACGAUGCAAAGAGCUAGAGAGGGAAGAUUCGGAAGCAGCUGGGGUGCAGCAAGUGCGCUUGCGAAAGGAGUCCCGGAUAAGUGCGAGGGUGGCGGAGUCAAGGGAACAUUUUCGAAACCGUCUGUGUCGGCUUUUCCUAAGAAUGAAGAAGGUACUUUUGGGGGAAAUAGCAGCUCGAUGACUAGUGGAUCGGGAUCUGGUACUGCAACGGGAACGGGAACGGCGACGGGUAGUGCAGCAACGGAGACGAAGUCGAAGAGUGCUGGGAAUAGACUUGUGCCGUUGGGAUUUCUCCGGUUUUAG